AUGCCCGGGAAAUUGAAGUACAGAUCAACCAAGCUCCAAAUGGCCAUUGAAGGUUGUCGACAAGCUGAACUUGACAAAGAAUUUCUGCUAGGGUGCCUUGGAACUAUGAAAGAAGAUAGUGAUAGAAAAAUUGAUGCACUUUCUCAACAACUAGCAGAGAUGAAAGAAUUGAUACUUGCUAAUUCUCAUAUGGGAGGACAUGCACAUAUUAGUCCACGUUAUGCAUCUAAUUCCCCAGUGCAUCAGGAUCAACAAGAUGAAAGUGGCAAUGUGGAGGCAGAGUCCAUUGCUGCAGAAAACAUGUUCUAUGAGACAUUGAAUAGGCGUGUAGUUCCUACACAAAAGGGAUAUGUAGGAGUAAGUUUUUACAUAUCUCAUUCACUGUUGGUUUGCUCCAUACUAUUUUGCACUUUAUUGACUAGAUUUUGCAAGAAUAUGUUCAAUGAUAACUUUUUUCAGGGUGGGAAAGAGGUUAUAUUGUUCUCUACUGUUGGGUUACAUGAUGUCCUUGUGGCAAAGGCUACCAUUCUAUCAACUGAUCCUAUGAGAAAAGUUGGUGGUACUCUGUUGGGCAUCGAAUUCUGCGAAGUUGUCAUUAAUCAUGUGCUGAAAAGGAGUGCUGAACUACCUCGUCCUUAUGGAGAUAUGAAGAUCAUGGUUGAUACUUACGGGAGAUCUAUUGCAUGGCCACGUCAGCAUAUGAAAGAAGAUAGGAAGACAUCAAGGUGA